CACACGAACAUGUUAUCGUUAUGAUAUCUGGAAUAUGUGGAUAGAUUACAAACAGCCGUGCGAGGUGGUAUACGUGAGUAGUAAGGAUGGAUUUAAUCUCACUCCUCAGUUUUAACGCAGUCACAGUAACCGUUGUUGUGAUACUACUUGUCCUGUUGGUCAGCCGGUCACUACAAUGGCCGGCCAACGUCCCGCCUGGUCCAGUUGGUUACCCUGUCGUAGGAUGCAUGCCUAUGUUUCGAAAUGGAAACUUACUGGAGAUAUUUCGGAAACUUCGAGUUCAAUAUGGCGAUGUGUACAGUGUGAAGAUUGGAAUCAGUCUGACGGUGGUGAUCAGUGGAGUCGACGCGUUAAAAGAGGCUUUCAUCAAACAUGCCGACGAUUUCUCUGAUAGAUCCCGGGCAUCUGUGACAGGCAAUCUUUUCAAGCAUAGAGGUAUCGGAUUCUCAUCUGGUGAAUAUUGGAAACACACAAGGACAUUUGCUCUAUCGACACUCCGAAACUUUGGAUUUGGUAGGAAGACUUUGGAAUCCAAAGUACAAGAAGAGAUAACAGCCUAUCUAGACGUGAUUGAAGAACAGAAAGGAAGCCCUUACGACAUGAAGGAAAUGACUGUGAUGGCCAUAUCAAAUAUCAUAUGUAGCAUUACAUUUGGAAACAGAUUGGAUUAUACCAAUGCAAAAUUCAAGAAAAUAACAUCUCUUUUUGCCGAAAAUUUUCGAUUAAAUUCACUGGGAGGUGCCGCUCAAGCUUUGCCAUGCUUGAGACACCUUCCUGGAGAUAUGUUCCAUUUAAAGAAAUUGAUUCAAAAUUCAAAGGAUAUCAGAGACUUUGUCAUAGAACAAAUAAAAGAGCACAGAAACUCGUUUGACGAAGAGAAUCAACGAGAUUUCAUUGAUGCGUUUCUUAGUCAGCAAAACAAAGAUGGCGAGGAGGAUACGAUAUUUGAAGAUCUGAACCUGGCAGUUUCCGUCAUCAAUCUGUUUGUUGCUGGCACCGACACAACGGCUACUAUGAUACGCUGGGCAAUUAUUUACCUUAUUCAUAACAAAGACAUUCAGGACAAACUUCGACUGGAGAUAGAGAUAGUUGUCGGGACGUCUAGACUACCGUCACUUGCCGACAAAUCUAGUAUGCCUUACUAUGAAGCGUUUAUAACAGAGGUGUUCCGGAUGGGCAACAUUGCUCCUCUUUCUGUGCCUCACGGAGCUUUGAAGGACAUUCACUUCCGGGGCAUGGUUAUUCCAAAAGGAUCUCUAAUAAUACCAAACCUUGAUUCAGUCAUGACCGAUCCGGAUCUUUUUGAAGAUCCUGAUAAAUUCGAUCCCGAGAGAUUUCUAGGGGAAGACGGGCAAAUGAAUGGCAAAGAAAGGAAUGUUAUGGCCUUCUCGCUAGGACGGCGAAUCUGUAUCGGCGAGUCCCUGGCCAGAAUGGAACUAUUUCUGUUCUUGACCUCACUGCUGCAAAGAUUCAGGUUCCUGCCGGAGAACCCAGACAAACUCCCGUCAACUGAAAGCAUUUUAGGAUUAGUACGAGUGUCAAAGGACUACAGAUGUCGUGCUGUGAAGCUCAUAUGAUCAAUUGUGCCAAUGAGAAUGCAUUCAAAAAUGUAUACAUGAGAUUUAACGUCACUGGAAGUGUAGAUAGAACAUCGUGUUGACUGCCAGAAAUAUAUCUGUGCACUUAUCAAAUGAGGAUAUAGUGCGUUCAUUAAAAUGUUAUCAUAUUGUUCUUAACAUUGAUCACUUGAUUCUCUAUGGAUAAAACUGAGAUGUAAACUUAUUUUUAACAAUUAUUGCGAAACAAGUUAUAGCAACAUAUAUCAAAGACUGUUGUUGUCUCGGAUGAAAGCGCGCGUGGUCGGACAGGUGCAUCUACCUUUUCACGUCCGUUCGCGGAAUCGAACCUCUGACGUCUGGGUGAAAGGCGAAUUUGUCACCAUCCAACAAUUCGAUAAAACUGACUACAUAUGACAUCUUCAUACAGUUUAUAGUAUGACAUAUUCCAUACUGGACGAUGUAAGUUUGAUUUUUCUGACAAUUCCAAAGGCUUUAGUUGAUUGAAUUUCCAUGUACAUGUGUGUAUAUAUAUAUUCCCUCUUCUGUCAUGCUAUUAAACUUCAUUUAAAGUACAUGAAUAGUGAUGGAUAAAUUCGGAAUAAAUUCCAGAAAUGAAGGAACGUUAUAAAAUCCGGUGCCAGAUUAUAUAUUGGUAACAUUCACAAGAACAUAUAGGUCAGGUUUGUAGUUAACAGUAGUUUCAGUUAUUGGAAACGUGACUGAGUUGAAAACAGGAUAAACAUCUUCCCACGGAUAAUUAUAAAUCUCCAUAUGUAUGAUCGUUUACCCUCCUGAUAACUAGAUGAGAGACUUGUUUGAAUAAUAUUUUCUAGCAUGUUGUUUUAACGAUAUUUCGUUCCUUACAAUUAAGGUCCAGCACCAUGUCAAUUAUACCCUAAUGUUAGUUGUAAAUGUAUCGUUAUACUCGAUAUUUUAUCCAGGUUUACAUAAGCUUUUUAUUUAACAAGAUCAUGGAAAUAGCUUUUAUUUUUAGAGAUGGCAAAAGUUAAAAAAAAAGAAAGAAAAAUGUUUCUAAUAAAUAUUUUUUAUGCCUAUUACCAAAACAAAAUUUGUUGAUUUUACCAAUUCUUACCGUAUUGACAUUUGCUUGCGUAUUGAAUAGUUCCUGUAACCACUCGAUACUCUAAAACGGUAACGAUUGAUUUUGCCGAAAGUCUGUAGUUAAGAUUUAUUACCAUCUUUCAAUUCAUUAGAAGACAUAUUUUUGUAAUAUAUACAUACUUUAUACUUAGCGUAUAUAUACCAGUGAUUAUAGUCUAUAUCAUUAAUGUUAGUUCGCUUUUUACAGUGAUUAUAGUCUAUAUCAUUAAUGUUAGUUCGGUUUUUACAGUGAUUAUAGUCUAUAUCAUUAAUGUUAGUUCGGUUUUUACAGUGAUUAUAGUCUAUAUCAUUAAUGUUAGUUCGGAUUUUACAGUGAUUAUAGUCUAUUUCAUUAAUGUUAGUUCGGUUUUUACAGUGAUUAUAGUCUAUAUCAUUAAUGUGAGUUGGGGGGUUUAUCUGUGUUUUUACCUGUGGUUCUCACCUGUACAUGUAUAAAAAAAAAUUAUUAUGCAAUUUUUAAUGAUGCUAUAUUAUUUUUGUUGUAUAUUCCAAAAUAAUAUAAACUAUUGUGAUAUCAUUUCCACUAUAUAAUUUUUUAUUAUAAUAGUUUUGGGUCCAGAUGAUAUU